ACGGUAUAUAGCGACGGCGGAGCAGCCGUUCCGGUCCGUGUGGAGCUGCGGCAGCCCGGGCCAGAAAGAGAUCGUGAGGCGGCGGCAUCAUGCGCGAGUGCAUCUCUGUCCACGUCGGCCAGGCCGGCGUCCAGAUGGGCAACACCUGCUGGGAGCUGUACUGCCUGGAGCAUGGCAUCCAGCCUGAUGAGAUGCCCAGUGACAAAACCAUUGGUGGAGGGGACGACUCCUUCACCACCUUCUUCUGUGAGACCGGGGCUGGGAAGCAUGUCCCACGGGCCAUCUUCGUAGAUCUGGAGCCCACUGUGAUCGAUGAGGUUCGGGGAGGAGUCUACCGCCAGCUCUUCCACCCUGAACAGAUGAUCACUGGCAAGGAGGAUGCUGCCAACAACUACGCCCGUGGGCACUACACCAUUGGCAAAGAGAUCAUCGACCAAGUGCUGGACAGGAUCCGGAAGCUGGCUGACCAGUGCACAGGACUCCAGGGCUUCCUUGUUUUCCGCAGUUUUGGAGGAGGAACUGGCUCUGGAUUCACCUCCCUGUUGAUGGAGAGACUCUCUGUUGACUAUGGCAAGAAGUCCAAGCUCGAGUUCUCCAUCUACCCUGCACCACAGGUCUCCACUGCUGUAGUGGAGCCCUACAACUCCAUCCUCACUACCCACAGCACCCUGGAGCAUUCAGACUGCGCUUUUAUGGUGGAUAAUGAAGCCAUCUAUGACAUCUGUCGCAGGAACCUGGACAUCGAGCGCCCCACAUACACCAACUUGAACAGACUCAUCAGCCAGGUUGUCUCAUCCAUCACAGCAUCACUGAGGUUUGAUGGGGCCCUGAAUGUUGACCUGACUGAGUUCCAGACCAAUCUGGUGCCCUACCCUCGCAUCCAUUUCCCCCUGGCCACUUAUGCUCCUGUUGUGUCAGCUGAGCGAGCUUAUCAUGAGCAGCUGUCAGUGGCUGAGAUCACCAACUCCUGCUUUGAGCCAGCCAACCAGAUGGUGAAGUGUGACCCUCGCCAUGGCAAGUACAUGGCCUGCUGCCUGCUGUACCGUGGGGAUGUGGUGCCCAAGGAUGUCAAUGCUGCCAUCGCUACCAUCAAAACCAAGCGCAGCAUCCAGUUUGUGGACUGGUGCCCCACGGGCUUCAAGGUGGGCAUCAACUACCAGCCACCCACAGUGGUACCAGGGGGGGACCUGGCCAAGGUGCAGCGUGCUGUCUGCAUGCUGAGCAACACCACAGCCAUCGCUGAGGCCUGGGCCCGCCUUGACCACAAAUUUGACCUGAUGUACGCCAAGCGAGCCUUCGUGCACUGGUACGUGGGUGAGGGCAUGGAGGAAGGGGAGUUCUCUGAGGCACGAGAAGACAUGGCUGCUCUGGAGAAGGAUUAUGAGGAAGUGGGCCUGGACUCCUACGAGGAUGAAGAGGAGGGCGAGGAGUAGAGAAGCCCUGGCCAAAGAGGACCGUGCUCCUUCCCCGCAUUACCUGCAGGGACCCUCUGCAAUAAACCAUUUCAGAGCCUCA